AUGCCGACGCCAUUGCCACUGUUCCUGGCAGCUGGUCGGCUGCUCCUCGUGCUGAUCGAGAAGAGUGGUGCGCGCAACAACAGAAGACGUCAAGUGAGCGACGGUGCCAGUAGGGAGAGGAGCGAGAGAUCGGAAAGGGAAUCGGAGGCUGCGGUAUCGGCUAGACAAGAGGACCGGGAGAACAAGGGUCCGCCUAGUGGAAGACCGGGUAACCGUACUGCCAGGGCUGUCCUAGAGGAAGCGAAUAACGCUUCCGGAAGUGCGUCCAAGCUUCGACGUCGUGGGGUCGUCAAGAGUCCCGUAGAGAGUCUUCCGCAGAGGACUGUCAGGAGACGACCCAGGCCGGGGAACGAGGUCAAGGAAGGCUCGAGGAGCGUCAGAGAGGAUUCCGAGCAGGAGGAUCAACCUGGUGAAAAGUCCGAUAAGGAGGAACGUCUUGAGAGCCGAUCCGAGGAGGAGGAGGACGAAGAGGAGGAAGAGGAUUGUGAUCCUUUGAUAAAGAGGCUCAAGACCACCGGUCACAGGAAGACCAGAGCCGAAAGAAAGAGUAGGGAGAACGAGGUCGAGGAAGCUAUCGAUGAGGAGGUGCCUGCGAGUAAUGUAGAUCCCGAGGAUACGCCGAAGGACGAGCCUGAGGAGGACGAGGAGAGCGAGUCCAGGGAACGUGACAGGGAGCCAGAACCACCACCUCCUAACAAGGUCGAUCCUGGAGGUCCGAAGGAGUCGUCCCAGGAUCCGGUUGAAGGGAAGUCCGAGGAGGCGCACGGUCAGGAGGAAUCUGUACCGGAAGUGGUUGUGCAGAAGAGCAACGAGGUGCCUGUAAAAGUUCUGUCGAGUAGAGACAUCAUCCCUGAGGCCACCGAUCUCCUUGCGGAGGAUAGGAAAGUGUCUCGGUCCAGAAGCAACGAGGUGACGAUCCUGACGGAAGGUACGGAACCGGAAGAGGACAGUGUCGGUAGUGCAAGCGGAGGAGUUCGCGCCGGCAGCGUAGAGUCGGUGGUCGAAUUACUGGAGUCGAGCAGUCAGGACGGCUCCGUGCUGGAGAGGUUGAGUCCGCUGAGUAGUGGCCCUGGGAGGCAGAGCCUGCUCCUGGAGGAGCAGGAGCGUAAUCGUCACAACGAGAGCCCCGUGAUUCUCGCAGAGAGAUUGAAUAAGCCACCGCCGGCACCGGGACACCAUCAUCAUCAUAGCCAGCAGCAUCCAUUGCAGUACCAUCAUCAUCAUUAUUCGAGUGCCGGCAGUCCCGUAAUUCAGUCGCAGCAUCAAGGCUCCUCGCUAAGGGAAGCGCAGCAGCAGCAGCAUCAACAGCAGCUUCACCACCAGGUGACCAGCAUCCCAUCCAUCUCGGGGCGGCGAUGA